GCAGCAGUGCAGCUUAGGGGAGGGGACCAGAGAAGGGCCGAGCAAACCCGGAGGAGAGAGGAGGGGAGAUCCGCCACCUCCCUUCAUUGCUCACAGACUUGUUCCCUCCCUGUCUGCGGCUGCUGCUGCAGCAGUGGCGGCGGGACGCAGGAGCAGUCCCGAGGCUGGCAGCGGAUGAGACUGGGAUGAACUGAGGCCGCUGGAUUUGCCACUGUCACUGCUGUCUCCUCUUCCCCACGGGCUCUCUCCUAUCUCCCUUCUCUAAGAUGGCAGCCAGCAGUUCUGAGGUCUCUGAGAUGAAGGGGAUAGAAGACAGCUCCAAGACCCAGAGAGACGGACCUGGCCAUUCUGAAGCUGACCCAAGUCCUGUUCAGGUUGUAGCAGAGAUUCCAGAGCCAGGGGCCCUUCACCAAGGCCCUGGCGUCAUUGCAGCCCCUGUGGACUCAGGGCCUAAGCCUGAGCUGGCCCCAGAAACCACAGAGACCCCAGUUGAGGCCCCAGAAAUAGUCCAAGCCACAGACCUCAGCUUAAACCCAGGCGAAGAAUCCAAGGCCAGCCCUAGCCCCAAAGACGCAUGCCAAGAGCCAGCAUCCAAAGCAGAUGUGAACAAAGAGGUUGCAGGGCAGGGGUCUGAGCAGCAGUGUGCAGCCCCUCCUGAGCCAGUCUCAGAGCCUGCUCUCCACCUGAAUACCCAGUCAGACCCUCAGCCAACUUCCCAGCCUGCUCCUAAGCUACCCCUUCAGCCAGAAGCCCGCACCCAAGAGGACCCUACCACUGAGGUCCCGACAGAAAGUAUAGGGGAGAAGCAAGAAAAUGGAGCAGUGGUUCCCCUUCAGGCUGGUGAUGGGGAAGAGGGCCCAGCUCCCCAGCCUCACUCACCACCCUCCACUAAAACACCACCAGCCAAUGGGGCUCCCCCUCGGGUGCUGCAGAAGCUGGUUGAGGAGGACAGGAUAGGAAGGGCUCAUAGUGGGCAUCCAGGAUCUCCUCGAGGUAGUCUGAGCCGUCAUCCCAGCUCCCAGCUGGCAGGACCUGGGGUGGAAGGGGGUGAUGGCACCCAGAAACCUCGGGACUACAUCAUCCUUGCCAUCCUGUCCUGCUUCUGCCCUAUGUGGCCUGUCAACAUUGUGGCCUUCGCUUAUGCCGUCAUGUCCCGGAACAGCCUGCAACAGGGGGACGUGGAUGGGGCUCAACGUCUGGGCCGAGUAGCCAAGCUCUUAAGCAUCGUGGCGCUGGUGGGGGGGGUCCUCAUCAUCAUCGCCUCCUGCGUCAUCAACUUGGGCGUGUAUAAGUGAGAGGCUCUGCCCUGCAUUCCAAGACUUUCCUUCCUGUUGGGAGCUGUCUUGGGUCCAUCCCUACCCUGGGGGAAACACAGUCCAUGGCCCUGGCACCCAUCCCUAGGGACCAAGGGAGCCUGAGCAGCCUUGUUUACAGCUUCUUUCCUGCUCCUGCACCCUGCCAGGCUCCACUGCCAGCCACAGGCUUCCUUUCUCCCUGCACUUUUGCCUGCCAUCUCCCUUCUUGUCUCUUGACCUCCCUAACCCUGCACUCUGAAAAACCUCUCUGCACUUCUGGAAGCCUUCCUGAACACCUAAAUUGUACUCUGCACCCCUGCAUCUCUCCCAGCCCACUGCACUUCUUCCUGCCUCUGUGCCCCUGAACCUUAACUAACCCCCACCUAACUUUCAUUGUCUUGGCAUCUAACUCAUUCUUUUCUUCCCUUCCUUAACAUCUUGCUCCCCUUGCUGCCACACCCUCUGACCCCUUCUGCCUUCUCAUCUUCCUGUUAGCAUCUUCACCCUCCGGCCACCAUUUAUUCUGCAAAACCUGCAGUCCUUAGGUCAGGCUGGGGGAGAAGGACAGUGUGGGGAGAGGGGGCUGCCUAGCUAGGGCUCUGACUGUUCUCUACUGGGGACCAUCUGGGCCCAGACCAUACCCUGAUCCCAAUCCCUAAGGUGCCUCUUGGGUCGCAGAGUUGACAAGCCAGGCCUCACCUGGGGAGCUUGCACGAGAGUGUGGGAGUCCUCAUCCUGAACAUCCAGGGGAGGAAGGAGUGCGGCAGCAGUCGAAGGGUCAGCCUGAGUUGACCUGCCCAUUCGGGCUUUUUAACCUCAGAGUUUUCUGUUUGAAGGUCUGAGGAGUUUGGGCCAAUCACUUGCUUUGUAAACAGUAGAAUUAAAAAAAAAAAAAAAGAAAGAAAGAAAAGAAAGAAAGAAAGAAAGAAAGAAAAAGGACCAAAGUUCCCAGCUGCAGGGAGCGAGGGAGGGGUGGGGUAGCUCUGUAAUUAUUCUCUGAGAGGAUAAGGAAGGUUUGUUGCACGCCACAGUCCUCUGAAGAGGCAGGGAAUCAGCUGCGAUGCAUUUCGGAGUUGGGGUGGGGGGUGUUUCCUUUAAGAAAAAGUUGGGAGAAACUAAAAUUCCUUUUAAAAAAAAUCAAACGGGGUCUCCCUUUUUGUAUGCUGAAUGCUGCAUGAGUCUUAAACACCAAUAAACGGAGAAUGCAUGAGACUCGC